ACAUGAGUGUGUAUGCCACAGUGCAUUUACAACUAUCAUGUGUGUCAGGGCAUGAAUUUUAUAUGUGUAGAUGAACUUGUCUACUGGCAGUGUUGCAGGUGCAUGUGCAAGGUCCCCUUGCCUGUGUGUGCACACUCCCUAUGCACCUGCUUGUGCUUGUGUCCCUGGAGGACAUGACUCUGUGUGUGCACGCGCGCCAGUGCCCGCGCGCGCGCGCGCCCCAGUGGGCAAGUGGCUGGUGGUGUGUGUGUGGGGCGCAUUCCGGGGCUGCAGAGGCGCUUAGCUAGGCCAGGACCCGGGUGGGUGGGGGCAGCGGCUGCACGUGGCGGGCGAGCUCUUGUUUGAGAGUUAGAGGAGUUGCAGAGCUGGAUUCUGGUAGCGGCAGGGCACCGAGCUGGGUGGGCGCAGAGCCUCAGCCUCCCACCGCUUCCUCAUUCUCCAUCCCUCUCUUGCCGCCUUCCAUUGGCCUCGCCGCGGCCACAGCCUCCCUGGGAACUGCAGUGAGGGUCGAGGGGCUGGUGAGGCUGCAGCCCGCCGGGAGGCGCAGGGUGCGGGAGUGUGGGGAGCGCGCCCGGCCUGCCAGAGAUCAGAUAACAGUCAGCGGGGGAGGGGUGCAUCGCCCGCGCUCACAGCCCACGGAGCGAAGGACUACAGAGCGCUGCCUGGAGCCAGCGCCGGGUGCCCUGGGGCAUUGUCCAGGGGCGUGACCCCAACUCAUGGCUAGACCGAAGCUAUUGGAGGUUGGAACUGAUGCGCCCCUCGGCAUGGAGCGCCCCCGGGUGCUGCCCUAAGGCGGCGAUGCAGCCUGUGCGGCGACGGCGGCGUCCGGGGCCAGGAACGGCAGCUCAGAGCUCGGAAGACGCGGAGUGUGCCGCGCCCCGGGCACUGACCGAGGAGCCUUCCCACCUGGAGCCGGCCUGGGGGCGAGGAGCCAGGGCUGCCCUAUCCCCGGGAUGACUGCAGCCAGCCGAGCCAACCCCUACAGCAUUGUGUCAUCAGAGGAGGACGGGCUGCACCUGGUCACCAUGUCGGGUGCCAAUGGCUUUGGUAACGGCAAGGUUCACACGCGGCGCAGGGGUAGAAACCGCUUUGUUAAGAAGAAUGGCCAGUGCAACAUUGAGUUUGCCAACAUGGAUGAGAAGUCACAGCGCUACCUGGCUGACAUGUUUACCACCUGUGUGGACAUCCGCUGGCGCUACAUGCUGCUCAUCUUCUCAUUGGCCUUUCUUGCCUCCUGGCUGUUGUUUGGCAUCAUCUUCUGGGUCAUUGCUGUGGCUCAUGGUGACCUGGAGCCAGCUGAAGACCGUGGCCGUACGCCCUGCGUGUUGCAGGUACAUGGCUUCAUGGCAGCCUUCCUCUUCUCCAUUGAAACUCAGACCACCAUUGGCUAUGGGCUGCGCUGUGUGACAGAGGAGUGCCCAGUGGCUGUUUUCAUGGUGGUGGCACAGUCCAUCGUGGGCUGCAUCAUCGACUCCUUCAUGAUUGGUGCCAUCAUGGCCAAGAUGGCCCGGCCCAAGAAGCGGGCGCAGACACUGCUGUUCAGCCACAAUGCUGUUGUGGCGCUGCGCGACGGCAAGCUUUGCCUCAUGUGGCGUGUGGGCAAUCUGCGUAAGAGCCACAUCGUGGAGGCCCAUGUGAGGGCUCAGCUCAUCAAGCCGAGGGUCACAGAGGAGGGUGAGUACAUCCCGCUGGACCAGAUUGACAUCGAUGUGGGCUUUGACAAGGGCCUUGACCGCAUCUUCCUGGUGUCGCCCAUCACCAUCCUGCAUGAGAUUGACGAGGCCAGCCCACUGUUUGGCAUCAGCCGGCAGGAUCUGGAGAGAGACGACUUCGAGAUCGUGGUCAUUCUGGAGGGGAUGGUAGAGGCCACGGCCAUGACUACACAAGCUCGAAGCUCUUACCUGGCCAAUGAGAUCUUAUGGGGUCACCGCUUUGAGCCUGUCCUCUUCGAGGAGAAGAACCAGUACAAGAUUGACUAUGCACAUUUCCACAAGACCUAUGAAGUACCCUCCACUCCCCACUGUAGCGCCAAGGACCUGGUGGAGAACAAGUUCCUGCUGCCCAGUGCCAAUUCCUUUUGCUAUGAGAAUGAGCUGGCCUUCAUGAGCCGUGAUGAGGAGGAUGAAGCUGAUAAAGACCUAGACAGCAGCAGUCCUCAAGCUAGGCACAACUUUGACAGACCCCAGGCUGGUGGCAGUGCCCUUGAGCAGCGGCCCUACAGGAGGGAGUCAGAGAUCUGAACUCCUGUUGGCCAAGGUGCAGCAUCCGCCCAAGCCAGGGAGAGGCCUGCAUCCCCUGAGGGCCCAGAGUUUUGGCUGAACGGGCCAGACACUCUGGUUGCAGACUCAGUAGUGUUUCAGAUGUUUUAUGUUUCUCCACAAUGGCCUUGGAAGGUUGGCGGGAGAGUGGGUGGUUGGAGCGGGCAGUCCCCAGCCUCAGAUGCCCAAGCAGGCUCAGGGGCAAGGGGUGACCUCCUGGGGGCUAGACCUUCUGCCUGAGGAAGGGGCUGCAGUCUGCCCAGAAAUAGCUCUGCAGCUGGCCACCCAGCCUUUGGGUGAGGCUGGCAGGCUGUAGGGCAACCUGCUGGUUUUUAACUUGGGGAGAAGCGAUGGGUUUUGGCUUUCUCAGUCUUAGCUUGGGAAAGACUGUUUACAAAAAAAAUUAACAUGUGAUUAAUUUUGUUUUAAUUCACGAGGGUACAAAAAAGGGACAAUUAGAAUUCCAUUUGUUUGCCAGGAUAUAAGCAGCUAGGUGGAGGCUCUUGACACUUCCCCAAGGCUGGAUGGACCUCUGUCUCCUCUGUGAAGGCCAGGCCCUGGCGGGUGGUGGGCCUAUGGAAAGCACAGCAACACCAUGGUUUUUUAUGCAUGUGGGUAGAUUAGAUUCCAUUUGUGAUAGAAAAACCAAGACCAUGCUCAUUAUCAUAAUACAAGCUUUCCAGUGUCAUAGAGGAGGAGGAAAGGGGCAAGGAAAAACUAGUUUGAGCUUCUUAAGUUUGACUUUGCCCAUUAGAGGUGCUUCUCAGGGUUGGAUAGGAGACCUGUCUGCCAUGGAGGGUUUCCUCUCCCUCAGUUCACUGUAUUCUCCUGGUUUACUUUUCUCUUUUUCUGGCCAGUGGCCUCCACCCCUUCCAUGGAUAGGGCCAUUGGGAAAUACAGGAAUGGAUGGCUCCAUGGGAUGGAAGCCUGGUUCCUGGACUGAUAGGAACUGGAUCAGCCCCAUUUUGUAAGGGGCCCUAGCAUGACUUGUGCCUUAGAGAUACCGAGUGGUCUGGCUUCAGUUUUUGUUUUCAUAGGACUGUCCCCACUACCCUGACUCUACUGUGAAGUCCCUGCCAGCCUCUCUGUCUGAAGAGGCUGGGCUGACCAGUGCUCCCUCUGAACCUGGGGCAGCAUGGGUGAGCCCAGGUGAGUGGCAGCCAGCCUGUACCUGGCCUGAAUGGCAGAGGAACAGUCUUAGGGAAGAUGCAGAAUUGUUGGCUGAGGUGACUAGGAGUAGUACACACAUCCAGGAACUCUAGUCAAGAAGAGGUUUGGGGCUGAUGACUCUGCUGGCCCAGAAGCAGGCCCCUGGAUGAGAACUUGCCCAGUGGGGACUUGUUUCUGUCAAAUAAGACAGCUGGUGAGGCCUGGACCCUGGGAUAGAGCUGGGACCCUUUCCAGGACAGCUAAGAGUGCUGUCCUUCUAAAUGACCAGGCCCAUGAGGAAGUUAGUACUGGUUUGCCUGUCCAGGCUGUUUCAACCAUGCCCUCAGGAUAGCUCACAACCUGAGGCACCAGAGACACUGGCCCAAGUUGGGGAAACUGAGGCAGAGUGCAAGGUCAUGCAAACAAGGAGAAGGUCUCCAGUGACAGGGAGAGGUUAGGGUCUGGGUGGCGUCUCCUGAAUCUUCCCUCCUCCUCUGACCCUUACUACAGCUGGAGACCUGACCUGAGGUCAGGGGCUGUGGAAGGCCUGGGCAUGGACUAUCAGCUCCCCACCAGAGAUACCCCGACAGCCCCUACACUGAGGUAGGCCUGACUCCCAACACCCUGUCCUAGCCUCAGACCUCACCCUGACUUCUGGCCAAGAAGAUUCACUCUGAGGCACUGGAGGCAGCUCUUUCAGGAUCUGCUGGAGGAGCCUUUGUUCUGAGCCCAGCUGACUUACUCAGCCUUAGCCCUGGGGUGAGGUUGGAGCUGAUGUUGGAGCACUUACCUACUGAUCCUGUCCCAGAUUGUCAGGCUGAGCCAGGGUGGAAUAAGGUGACUCAUUAGUUGGGCAGCAUUAGGGGCUGGUGCUCUGAUCUGCCCAGCGGCCAGAGAUCCUUCCAGGGCCGGGUGGACCAGCCUUCCACUCCAGAGUAUACUCACUCCAGAAAUCACUCACUUCCACUCAUCGGGAGUAUCACUCACUGGAACUUCUAGGCUCUGGUGAUUUCAGGUGGCCUGAUGUACCUUUUCUCAGGUCUGUCCCUUCCCAGGCCAUGCCAGACAGUCUAGUCCCCAGAUCCUGUAGGAGAGAAGCUCCAAGCUGCCUUUAUCUCUCGCCAAAGGCAGAUGCUGUGUUUUCACUUUUCUGCCUUUUCCCCCCUCUUCUGUAUGUAUGUAUGUAUGUAUGUAUUUAUUUAUUGCUUGUGCUAAAGAUCAAAAUAGUCUCCCUUUUUAAUGCACUUGAAACUGGAGGGUGGUUGGGAGGAGGGGCUGUUGUGUGUGCAGAGUGAGGAUCACAUGGCUCCUGGGGAGUGUGCGUGGGGGUGUGUGUCCAUGUGUGGUGUGUGGAGAAUGGGAAUGCUCAUACACAUGUGCAUGCAUGUGGUAUGUGGUGUGUGUGCAUGCGUAUGUAUGUCGGGUAUAGUCUGUGAGGAGCAGGUAUGUAUUCCAAAGUGCCCCAGCCCUCACCUUCCCAGGCAGCAAGAUUUCCAAGAAUUUUCUCAAUAGUCUGAACCAGGAGGUCUGAGGUUGGAACAGGCUAUGGAUGUGGCCUCUGGCACGCUCUGCCCUGGGGCACUGAGCUGCUUAUGCCAGAAAGGGCAGAGGUGUGUGUGUGACUGUGAGAGUGCAAGCAUAAAGUGUGUGUGUUCAAGUGAAACAUACAGCUGUUGCUUUGCCUGUAAGUACAUGAACAUGUGGAUUCAUUGUACAUGGGACUGUUGUACAGAUGUGUGACAGUGACAGUCUCUGUGUGAAUCUGGGAUGAUGACACAGAUCUGUGAUAUGUAUGUUUGUCUGCACACACAUAGCUUGUGCAUAUUUACCUGUAGGUGUGUGUGUGUGUGUUUUCUUUCUCUUUUUUUUUUAUUGUUCAAGUACAGUGGUCUCCAUUCCCGCCCCCUCCCCAUGUGUGUGUGUGUUUUAUAUGUGGACAUUGGUUUAAAUGUUCACCAGGAAGUCAGGCUGGGCACACACAACUUGGGAUGGACGCUGGCCAUGGGUAUCAGUGUGGUGGACCUCGGCAGUCCCACUGGCACUCUGCACUGGUUGUGUCCAUGGGGAGUGUGAGGGGUGUGUAUGCCUGGACAUGAGGUGACAUUGGCACAUGUAUGUGAGUCCUUGACACCUAUCAGUGAGCAGUUAUGUGUAAGAGGCAUGUGUGUGUCUGUCCAUAUGAAUGUGUAUGUGCAUGUGGCACAUCUGUGUGGCAUUUGCGCCAGGCUGUGAACAGGACAGUGUGUAUGUAUGUGAGUGUAUGCAGGUUCUGGGAGCUGUGUGUGUGAGUGUCAGGGUCAUGUGUCCAUGCGUGUGCCCUUGCAUUGCUGUGACUCCCAGUCCCUGCCUACUCGAGGGUCCCAGUGGGGGUUGGGAGACUUGGUGGAAAGGAGUCCCCUACACAGGGGUGUCUGCCCUGUGUGAGAGCACAGAAUAUCAAAUAUAUUUUAAAUGGUGAAUUUUCAUGUUAUUUUCAGUACAGAGCAGUAUCUGAAGACAUAGGCCACGAGAUUAGACCACAUUAAAUGCAUUUUGAUCUUCUUGAGUGCUACCAUGUGGAGAUGUGUGUUUCAAAGGCCUUGCCUGGCUCCAACACACACUGGCAGUUCUUGGGCUUCUUCAGCCCCUGUGUUCAGCAGUGAUGGGGCUCCCCAGGGGCCUUCAAGGGUUGGGGUCAGGGGGAAUAUGGAAGCAGCUUGGAGACAGAGGACAGAACACAGCCUACACACAGACCUUGGCAUGUUCUUCCAGCCAGCAUGCACACCCUUACUCCCCGGUGACCAAACACCUCUUUCCCAUGGGCUUAGGCUGCACAUGUCACACCUCCCAGCUAUGUGACCUUGCCCACUGCCCUGUCUUUUCUGGGUCUGUGUCUCCCACCUGUCCUUCCUUCUGCAAAGAUGUGAUGAGCACCUCUAUGUGCAGGAGACCAGAGGCUCACUCUGGGACCUACAGGACUGGGGAAGGUCCCCUCAAGACUGCAGCCCUGGUGCUCACUGCUGUGACAGGAGAGGUUGGGCCAGGCAGGGGGCUGGAGGACCCCUACAUCAGCCUGGCAGAAGAUGCAGAGCAAACAGGCACUGCUGGCAGUCGGACCAGCACAGGCAGGGAAAAGACAUCUGUGUAAGGCCUAUUUUGGGGGGUAAAGAAAAUUUCUUCUGCACCAAGGGCUCAGUCUCUAGCAUUCCAGUGGCCUUCUGGCAGAGGCCAACAGGGAGAGAAUUCUUUCCUUUACCGAAACUAUUUUCACUACUAGAGAGAUGUGCAUCAGUGAAGGACCUGGGGAUUGUUCCCUUGCAUUGUACCUGGGGUCCCUACCUCAGAACCCACAUGGGUCCAUUGAGGCACAGCAUUGAGGCUGUUUUGGCAGGUAGAGAGCUUAGACAAAAAGAGCAAAUAAUGACCUGGCACCCAGUUCCCUCCUUCCUGACUCUGUCAGCUGCAGCCCCUCCCUGAGCCUCAGUUUCUCCACAUGUAAUCUGACACAAGGAUGACAUUCUCUGAGGACUCAGAGUGCUGUACCAGGCUGUCCAGGCCCAGGUGUUUAGAGAGCCCUUCCUUCCCUGGGUCAAUGCCAAGGUCAGUGCUGAGGCCCAGGACUGCACUUCCUCCUUGAUAAGGCUUCGUGCAGCGGCUGAGCUAGAGCUCAGAGACUACAGCCUUAGGCCAGGGAAGGGCUCCAGACCAGGUCCUGGAGCAAUGCAGUGGUACAGGUUGUACACUGUACAACCCCAGGGAUGCCAUUUACAACCUAUACAAUCAGGCACAGCAGUGGUAACCUCUGAGACUUCUUGCCUUUUUUCCCUCACUUCCUCAGGGCUCCAGAGAGGAGUUGCCCAUGGGCUUUCUGGGAAGGGAUCCACAGCGUGCCUGGAAUAUGCAGCAUGAGAUUACAGGAAUAGGAGGCACAGAUAGGGGCCACUUCUGCAGAUGCUUUUUCGUGAAACCACUGACUGGCUAAAAAAAUGAAAGGGUGACUCAGCCUCAUACCAACAUACACACAAUCAUGCACAUAAGCACACGUACACACACCAGAAAUGCACACAGACACAUACAACUGUGUGGAAUAUUAUGUAGCCAGAAAAAGAAUAGUUCCCUGAUGCAUGCAACAAUGUGGAUGAAUCUUAUAGACAUUAUGUUGAAUGAAGGGAUCCAGACAUAAGAGGAUUCAAGUCUAUUCAUAUGAAGUCCUAGAUCAGACAGUCUGUGGUGACAGAAAUCAGGACAGUGGUUGCCUGUGGGGAGCAGGUGAGCCAGUUACUGGAUGUCAAGCAAUAGAACUCUCCUGUUAGAGCAGGUGGCUGAAUUUGGGCUCAGAGGACAGGCAGUGCCUGGAUUGGGAGGGAGGGCCUGAUGAGGGGAGGUCCUUAUCCACGUGUCCUGUCCAGUAGAGAGUGGGUUUUACAGCUGAAGUUUGGAGGUGAGUGACUUUCUGGAGGUUGCAAUGUCCUGCCCUUUUAGCUGGCCACCACUGAGAUUCAUCGCCGAGGAAGAACCAACUAGGGGCAGGUAUAGAGAGGCAAGGAUGCUGGGCUGCCUGGAAAGCAGGGGUGAGUUGGGGGGCAACUGUAGUAUGGUGGGACCUGACUGAGGUGGUUGACAGACAUGGGGCAUGUGACAGACAUCAAGACCCUUGCUGUUCAAAGACACCGAUGAAGUUGCUGGCCACAGGUUCUGGCCCUCCCAAGAAUCCCUUAGCACAACAGUUACUGACACCCCCAUAUUAGCCCCUUGGAAUUAGGCCCCAUGUGCGCUGCCCCCUGGGAAGAAUAGCAGGGCCCAGCCUCUUGGGCUAGAUGGGCAGGUGGUAAAGGUGGACUAAUGAGCUCUGUUAACCAGCCUUGUGUGUGGUGGGGAGAGUAACUGGGGGGUGUCAAUGAGCCCAGAUCUUCCAAGGGAUGAGCCCCUGGGUCCCAGCCCAGAGACUAGUGACCUGAGUGACCAUGAGGCCCCAGUCCACACAGUUCUGACCAUAAAGGGUGGGCUAUGCUGGGCUCAUUUCUUGAACAUUCUGCUGAAUAUCAGAGGUGGAGUGUUUUUCUGUCCACCCAGCCAGGUGGCCCCUAUGGAGUACUGGUAAAGUCCAGGUGGCUGUGACUUCUACCCAGCAACCACUCAGAGUCAGGGACAGUGAAGCAUGGCUUUUAUUAAUUUAGUGGCUGGGCUCUUCCUCUGCGCCUGACUCAGAAGUGAUAAAUGCUACAGACACUACAAACGAAGUGAGUAAGAGAGAACAAGGGUAGUUAGAGGGAAGUGACCUUCACACUGUCCCUGAAAGGGCGCAGGGAGUGAGAGUGGGCUCUGUAGAACAACUCUUUGGGUGUGAACCUGGCUUCACCUUUGCCUAAUUCUGUGUUCUGGCCCAGAGAGCUAAUUUCUUUGUGCCUGUUUUCUUUCCUGUAAAAUGGGGCUGGUGAUCAUAAAGCAGUGUGUGGGGGAUGAAUGAGUAAGACACAGGACAACAGAUGGAAGGUAUAUAAGUAUGAGCUCUUUUCUCUCAUCACCGUUAUUUGGGGAUAAGCACCCAAACUUGGGGCAGCCUUGGGCUGGUGCUCUUGGGCUUGGGCUUGGGGGCAGGGCAGGGUGGCUGGACCACUUAGAGCCAGGGACAGAGUCCAAAUGGGAGAGAGAUAGUCUGGGGCUGGGGUCUGCCUCCUCCGGGUGUGGUGGGAGCAAGAGGGAACUGUGAAAAUGGUCAACAUUUUCACAUUGGCAUCUUAAGAAGAUCACUCUGGCUGCCAUGUAGGAAGUAGCACAGUGAAGCCAGUGUGGUAACUGGGAAGAGAGGAGAAGACUUGCUCCAGACAGGCAAGUGAACCAGUUAGGAGGUUGAAUGCACAGCUGGGCAUAGGGGGCACUCUGACUGAGCUUGUUGAUUUUGGUGUGAGCUGCUGAGUGGAUGAGAAGCACCAGGGUGAUGGUACUUUUGGACAUUUUAAGAUGCCAACAAAUGACACUCCACUUUGGAAGACAGUUUGGCGGUUUUUUAUUAUGCUAAAUGUACACUUAGCAUAAGAUGAGGCCAUUCCACUCCUACAUGCUGCUCAAGAGAAAGGAAAACUCAUUUUUACAUGCAAACCUGGAAGUGAUAUUUACAACAGCUUUAUGUGUAAUUGCUCAAAACAGAAAGAGACCCAAAUGUCCCUCACCUAUAAGCGGGCAACCAGAUUGGGACCUGUCCCCAUGAUGAAAUGCUCCUGAGGAAUGAGGAGGAAUGGGUGUCGAUUCUUGGGCCAAUAUGAUUGAUCCCAAAGGCAUGCCACUGAGUGAAAGAAGUCAGACUGAGAAGGAUCUCUUUUACAUAUAUAGUAUUCUGGAAAAGCCAAAACCAUGGAGAUGGAGAGCACAUCAGUGGUCAUCAGGGCCCAGGGCAGAGGAAGGGGUGACUACAAAGGAUGGAAGGGGAUUUUUGAGGGGUGAUAAAAUGCUUAUGUGUUGAUCAUAAUGAUGGUCACACAGAUAGGUGCACUUUGUCAUGACUCCUGGGACUCUGGAUGAAUAUAGGUCAAUUAUACCUUUUUUUAAGGGGAAGAAAAAGCCAAUGAAACAUAUAUAGAGAGGUCCAUGUGUCUGGAUUUUGGAAGAGAGAUCAUGUCUGAAGUUUGAGGCUGGGAAGACAUGGGUGUGGAUGGAACUGAAUGAUCGUGAGAAGUUAAUUAUAGAUGACGUGACAAGACAUGAGAGAGACUGAGGUGUUCAGAAUGACUGGGGCUCCUGCUGGACAGACAAGGCACUGGGUGACACAAUCUUGUGACACCUCAAAUUCAGGAGAGGUGGUGCUUCCAGGGCUUACCCCCCGCCCCCAUCCCAGGUGACAGUUCAGGGGCAAAAUGGGUUCCAGCAACCUCAGUCAGGACUGAGACCCUCCAGGGGGUCUGAGCUUCUAGGAAGAGAGGCUGAGGAGCAGGGGCUCCAUUACAGCCCCCUCCAGGUCUCUGAGACACUUUGAAAAUUACCAAAAGACAAGGGCAGCUUAUAGUUUAUUGUUUGGUUUCCUUUUGCAAAUAGAAGGGGGCAUGAUUAAUAAUAAUUAAUCAUGUAGGGAACAUGGGAAUAAAAUGAGACUGUCUGGGAAUACCAGCCGGAUCCCAUGCAGUGGAAGCCCAGGCUGGGGUGAGGCUUCCUCAGCCUCUCCCCUCCUUCUGCCACACCUAUCCCUGCCAGGUGCAUUGAGCACCCCUUCCUGCCCCCCAGGGACUUGAAUAUUAGUAUGAAGGGAGAGAAACUUCAUAUCACCUCACCUUGCAGCUCUGCUCCACUCUUUGUGGUCCAUCUGUAGAAUGGGGUUGUUGGUAUCAAAGAGCUCAGAAGCCAACAUGGCCUUGCAGUUUCACAGGGAAGACCUGUGAAGACAUGAAGUCUGUCGUCACGCCCAGGGCAGCCACCCAGGUGAGGUACUCACACAUGUACCUCAACAUACAGUAUCUCUCACACUCCUCUAAACACAGUGUCCCUCACACGCAUCUCCAAAUACCAUGCCACACACAUGUCAGUGAACACAGUUCACCACAUACACUGGUGAUACAGCUGUCACACACACAUAUGCACACACAGUGAAUAGUGAUACCAGUAAACAUGAGUCACCAACAAACACAUCACUAAACACAAUUCCUCACAAACACAAUAUUAAACAAAGUGUUAAAUAAAAGGCAGAAAAAAGACACACACACAUAUACACACACAUACAUAUGAUAGACAGGCAGAAUAGAUAUUCAGAUUGAAACAAAAAACCUGA